CGCCGCGCGCAGGCGGGGGCGGCUGAGCUGCGCGCGUGCAGGUGGCGGCGGGGCGGGUUCAUCAGUCAUGGCACGAAGGGCCUUGAAACUUGCCUCAUUGGUGGCAGCCACUUCUGGCAUCUAUUUGUAUGGCAACAAGUUCGUGGAUCCCAAUGAUUUUGGAGUUGUUCGUGUGGGCCGAGCCAUUGCCACAACAGCAGUUAUCACCUAUGACUACCUCACCUCUCUGCGGAGUGUCCCGUACGGAUCAGAGGAGUAUGACUUCCUCAAAUCGCAGGUGCACCUGCGCUCUGCUGAGCGCCUCCGGGAACUGUGCUGCGCCAACAGAGGCACCUUCAUCAAGGUGGGACAGCACCUGGGAGCCCUUGACUAUCUGCUGCCUGAGGAGUACACUCGCACCCUCAAAGUGCUGCAUAGCCAGGCCCCACAGAGCACCAGGGAGGAGAUUGAGCAAGUCAUCCGUGAGGAUCUGGGCAAAGAGAUAAAAGAGCUCUUUGUGAGUUUUGAGGACACUCCCUUGGGAGCAGCAUCUCUAGCCCAGGUGCACAAGGCAGUGCUGCAGGAUGGGAGAACGGUGGCAGUGAAAAUCCAGCACCCAAAGGUCCAAGCUCAGAGCUCCAAGGAUAUUUUGCUCAUGGAGGUUCUGCUCAUGGUAGUGAAGCAGAUCUUUCCAGACUUUGAGUUUAUGUGGUUGGUGGAAGAAGCUAAGAAGAAUCUGCCCUUGGAGCUGGAUUUCCUCAAUGAAGGCAGAAAUGCUGAAAAGGUUGCUCAUAUGCUCAAGAACUUUGACUUCCUGAAGGUCCCCAGGAUCUACUGGGAGCUCUCAACAAGGCGUGUCCUUCUCAUGGAGUUUAUGGAAGGGGGACAGGUGAACGACAAGGCCUACAUGGAGAGGAAUGGAAUCAAUGUUAAUGAGAUCUCUCGCAACCUGGGGAAACUCUACAGCGAAAUGAUUUUUGUUAAUGGCUUUGUGCACUGUGACCCACACCCAGGCAACGUGCUAGUGAAGAAAUGCCCAGCUUCUGGAAAGGCUCACAUUAUUCUCCUAGACCACGGGCUCUACCAGGUGCUGAGCGAGUCAUUCCGCAUGGACUACUGCCGCCUUUGGCAGGCCCUCAUCAAGGCCGACAUGAAGAGGGUGCAGAAGUACAGCCGGCGGCUCGGGGCAGGGGAUUUGUACCCUCUCUUUGCCUGCAUGCUGACUGCCAGAUCCUGGGAGUCUGUCAACAGGGGCAUUGACCGAUCACCAGUCUCAGCCAGCGAGGAUGUGGAGAUCCGGUCCAACGCUGCUGCUUACCUACCCCAGAUCACCCAGCUCCUCAACAAUGUCCCCCGCCAGAUGCUGCUGCUCCUGAAGACCAAUGACCUGUUAAGGGGGAUUGAGUCAGCCCUGCACACACGGGCCAGUGCCAGCUCCUUUCUCAACAUGUCCCGAUGCUGCAUCAGAGCCGUUUCCACGUACCAGAGGAGCAAGAGUCACUCGCUUUACAGGAGGGCCCAGAUCUCAUUCACAGAAGCCUUGAACCUGUGGCAGAUCAACUUGUAUGAACUCUUCCUGUGGCUGAAGGGGUCCCAGCUGGGGAACUGGGUCAUUGCUCUCCUGAGCUGGAUGCACCAUUUCACAUACUGACAUGAACUGGUGGGAGUGGCCUGGAUGAUCCCUCCCUUCUGCUCUCCAUGGCACAUUUGCCUUUCUGACUCUUUCUGUCUAUUAUGUGGGCUAAUUUUGGGUCUUGUUCCACAUUACAUGCUGCACUGUCCUUGCCUGUUACAGCAUUAGUUUCCUCUGUGGCACUGAGAGGUAAAUUUGGUAUGAGAUCUCUGCUGUUUCAUGGUUUAUGAAAAGGAGGUGCAGGAUACCAUGUGUGUCAGGUAGGGCAGGGUACUGUCUUUCCCCAUCUGAGAAGGGGAAAUUCCACUCAGAUUCCAGUGUGACUGCACUGAAAGCAAAACAUGUCCUUGGCACUUUCUUAAACAAUCUUACAGAAUUCAAGAGAAUCCCAACCCUGCCUAGAAUGCCCCAAAACAUUUGUGAGACCCUCAGAGAGAGGUGGUAAGUCCCUUUAAAAUCCAAUAGGGUUUAUAUUAGUUUUUGCAAUCUCCUUAGUCUGAUUUUUGUUCAGGUGUGCAGAGAGUUUCUCAGUGGAGUGAGACCUUGUGGAGAGCUGGCACUAGGGCUUCCUUUUCCAGCACUAGGGAAAGGGAAGCCUUAGGGUGAGAGUGGUGGACUGGGAUUUUGGGUUUCUGAGGUUUAUCCCCAGUCCUGUCAGCCUCUUAUUUUUCAACUUUUCUUGACCUGUUCCCCUUGGAGGUCAAAUGGGGGAAGUGGACAGGGGUCCUGCCUCUUUUCUAGAAGUCAGGGAAAGAGGAAUGACAACUCAGGGCUCUGAAACUGCUGGUAAUGUAUGCGUACUGUACAGUACUGCUGCACAGCAAAAUAAAUGUGUUGUGUCAAAGACUUUUGGGGGAGGAAUGCUUGGCUGUGAA